UACCCUUUUGGGUUAAUAAUAAUGCCAACCUUUUCCUUCAAUCCAUUUUGUCAUUAAGCUAGCCUCUUGUGCUUGUUCAUAAUCAGUAUUUUUCUUCUUUAUCAGCAGGCUAAGUACAGACUGGUCCAAGAUUGAAUAUGAGUCUCACCUGUCUUGUGCGCCAUGGCGUAGAAAUCCCAUCACAUUCAUUCAGAAGUUACUCUGUCUCUAGCUCAGACAAUGAUGGGCGAUGUUCAGCUAUGGCUAACUGCUUGAUCGGGAAGAUUUCUGUUCCUCCUCCUCGGGGAAACUCAGUCAUGUCAUCAUCUAAAAUGACUCUGCAGCCGAAUUUAUCAAACCAUGUUGAUAUUUCAGGCACUCCACGACUAAUUAGGAGCCGUGCUGUUAGAAGGGACCAAGUCAGAGACUGGAACUUCGAGGUGAUUGAGCUAGAGCAGUAGUUUAGCUAAUAUGAC